AUGCUACCUUUUCUUUCGGCAGUUUGGAGAGAUCAGGUGGCGCUCUUUCCACUUUCUCCUCUAGAGGUUCGCUCCUAGUCAUCGAGUGCAGAAUGGCACCAGCGAAGCAAGAGUGUACCUACCUGAAUAAAAGCCAAGAUUCACUGCAGAUCUUGGCCACCGAUUGAGUCACUCGGCGACAGGUGUAUUGAUGCAGUCUAGAAAGUCUCUAGUACUGUUCGGAACAGCUGUAAAAACGUCAAACUUUCUUUAGGUUAUCUUUUUAACCCUCUAAUUAUUUGGGAGCAUCUUCCUCUUUCAAUCAGCAUUUUCGAGUUUGGGACUUGGAUAAUACCCUCCACUACGACUGUCGGCCCAUUUGGAAUUUGGAGACCCAUUCCCCAAUAUGACCUGCGAAUCUACCUCGAGCCUGUCAUCGCGCGCCAUCGCCUCUUGGGAAGCCAACGCGGCCUAUUGGGACAGCACCAUCACGAAGCAGGGUAACAAGUACUGGCGCCGCCUGCAGGAGCCUUCUCUGACUCGCCUCCUGAAGCUGACCCUCUCUUCCUCGUCACCAUGCCGUGCUUUGGACCUAGCGACUGGCAACGGCCUAUGCGCGCGCUGGCUGGUACGCAACGGGGCGACCUCCGUGCUGGCCACGGACGCGAGCGAAAAUAUGCUAGCACUGGCGCGGGCACAUUGCGAGGACGGGGAGGAGUCGGAACUGGAAAGGAAGGAGAUUCGGUGGCGGCGGGUAGACGUUACGAGCAAGUCGGAUCUUACGGCCCUCGCGCGGGACGAAAGUCCGUUCGAGAUAGUGCUGAUGAACAUGGCCAUUAUGGACGUCGCCGACUUGGAACCGCUUGCUGGGGUAUUGCGGGACUUGUUGGUCGAGAAUGGAGUCUUCGUGGCCACCCUGCUACACCCCGUCUUCUUCACGUCCAACGCGACGCGGAAUAUCGAGGUCCGCUUUGAUCCCGUGACGGGCGAGUCCGAGAUCGUCCGUGGUAAGAUUGUCAGGGAGUAUAUGUCGGUCCCACCGUCUCUGGGAAUUGCUGUACCAGGGCAGCCCGAGAAGCAGGUGAGUUGAGUCGGCUUGGACUACGUCGCGGCCCCGUAUAAUUAAGGGUGCAGGGACUAAACGUUG